AAAAAAAAAGGAAGAUAUGAGGACACAAGUGUUUGAAUGCAGAUGUCAUAAAAUUAAAGUUGUCAAAUUAAGCACCAUUUAUUGGAUAGCAAGUGCAGCUUAUGUACAUUACUGAUCCAUUGACAUUGGUCUUUGGUGGUUUGGUAUCUUACACAUUUAUUUCUAAUACCAUAAAUCAUUACCACGUACCAAAUUGACUAUUGUGGUCUUUUUUGUGGAAAUGUAAUUUGACAAAAGACUACAUGAAUUUAUCUGAUUUCUGUUGUAGAGUGGAACAUACAUACAGUAUGUUAUAUUACAGGAUCUGAGUCUUGGUCAUGCUCAGUAUUCAUUCAUUCAGUAGUUUCCGUUAAGAUUGUUCGUCUAUGAAACAGGCAGAGAUUGAAAAAGAUCGGAGCUGCUAUUUUCGAUUGAAUACAUUCAGAAAUGAAACAACAAUUAUGGCAGAGGUUAUUUUGAUUUAAGGCUUGUCUAGCCAAGAUAAGCUCAAUCCCGCACUGCUGCUGAGUGCUGAGUAAAGUGAAACUACAAAAGAAGCUGUCAUGUCAAAUGCACAUAUUAGUAUUGAAGCAAAGCAAUUCCCAAAUCCACCUAUCAUCGCAAUCACGCAGGCUGAUGACCAUGAAAAAGAUCAUUCGAAAAGUGUGAGCCAAGAUGACGAGAAAAUCCCAGGAUUAAAGCAAUGAAACAUGACCAUAAUGUCAUUGUCACAUCUUAUACAUUUUGCUUGUGAUACCAUACAAGCUUUGUCAUACGACUAUUCAGCAACUACAGAGUGUUUGGAAGAAGCCUGGAAGGUUCAAUAUGGUGGAGGAAUCAUACAAAAUCCAGAGUUCACUAAUGGUAUCGAAGGAUGGACUAUGUUUGGUCAGGGUAAGCUCGAAGAAAGAAUAACAAAAGAUGGGAACAAGUUCAUCGCGGCUCUGAACAGAACUCAGCCAUCUGAUAGCCUUUCUCAGAGAAUUCAGAUUCAGAAAGGAAAAAUUUAUGCAUUUUCAGCCUGGAUUCAAAUUAGUCAAGGCAGUGAAGUUAUAUCGGUAAAAUUUAGAAGUCCUGGUGGAAAAUACCUCCAUGGAGGUACAGUGAUAGCAGAGCAAGGAUGUUGGAGCAUGUUGAAAGGCGGUAUAGUUGCAGCCUUUUCAGGUCCGGUUGAUUUAUUUUUCGAGACUAAGAACACAGCUGAUGAAAUCUGGGUAGAUAAUGUCUCUUUGCAACCUUUUACUAAGAAGCAAUGGAAAUCACAGCAAGAAAAGACCAUUGCAAAGGUGAGAAAGAGUAAGGUGAAAUUACAUGUGACAAAUAAAGAUAACACUUCAGUAGCAGGAGCAAAAAUUACUCUGAAGCAAAUAAAAUCAGGUUUCCCUACAGGAUGUGAAAUAAACCAGAAUAUCCUAAACAGCAAGAAGUAUCAAGAUUGGUUUGCCUCGAGAUUUUCAGUCACUGCUUUUGGGAACGAAAUGAAAUGGUACUUCACAGAAAAAACACGAGGGCAGGAAGACUAUACCAUACCUGAUGCCAUGCUACAAUUUUGUGAGCAGAACAACAUUGAUGUUCGAGGUCACAACAUCAUUUGGGAUGAUCCAAGAUACCAACCCACUUGGAUAAACAACGAAACCAGUCCACAAGAGUUGAAAGAUGCAGCUGAAAACAGGACGAAAUCUGUUGUAUUAAGGUACAAAGGGAGAUUGAUCCAUUGGGAUGUUGUGAAUGAGAACUUGCAUUUUAGCUUCUAUGAGAAUAAGCUUGGAGAAAAUGCUUCAGCAGAGGUUUAUGCUAGAACAUAUGAGCUUGAUCAAAAGCCGAUUUUGUUCAUGAACGAGUACAACACUAUAGAGUUGAGCCAAGAUGAAGAUUCAAUACCAGCAAAAUAUGCUAGAAAGUUGAAGAACACUCAAUCAUAUUAUAGAGAAAGGAGUGGUGGUAAUGAUACAUUGCCUAUGGGAGUAGGGGUGCAAUCAAGGUUCGGCCCCGGUCAGCCCAACAUUGCUUACAUGAGAGCAGGAAUGGACUACUUAGCUUCAAUGAAAUUCCCGCUAUGGCUUACUGAACUCUUUGUUGACAAAGGGGAAAACCAGGCAGAGUAUCUGGAGGAUGUUUUAAGGGAGGGAUAUUCACAUCCUGCAGUUGAAGGGAUUGUGAUAUGGCCAACUUCACCAUUCAGCAGUGAAUGCAAGAUGUGCUUGACUGAGCAAAACUUCAACAACACACCCAAUGGAGACGUCGUUGAUAAGCUUAUCGCGGAGUUUUCAAGCUCGAAACCAUUGGAGAUUUCUGCCAAUGGCCAAGGAAUCUCUGAAGUUGUGUUGCUUCAUGGGGAUUAUGAAGUUACUGUAAGGCAUCUUGAAACAAAUUCUUACACAAAGUUGAAGCUCAAGGUGACUAAAAAUUCAGCAAACUUUGUACCUGUUCAACUUGAUGCAUUUGUUCCCCAUGUUUUGUCUAUGUAACUGGGAUUGCUGUUAGCUUUCCGUAAAUAUAAUUAUUCUUGCAUUUCAUGAUCACUUUAUAGAAGUGUCUUACAAGUUACAAGUGUAUGUGUCAAUGUGUGUAAUGGGCUAAUGUCAGCAAUGUAGUAUUGUGUGUUUGCUUGGUAAAGUCUCGGGGUGGUACUUAAGACAUGAGAUCAAUUACCAUGUACAUCACUACUUUUCUCGGUUCUAUACUCCAGUGAUCUUUAAACAAUAUAA